GUGAUUAUGGGACAUGUUAUUAUGUCAAAACAAAAGUAUGUAACCAAAGUCGCAUCUCAUUAUUCUAUUCUACACUCUACUCUAUUCUAUUCAACACUCUUUACUUGUUAACCAUUUUCUUCUCCUCUCUUUCUUCUCCACUCUCUUCUUCCAUGGAUUCCAUUUCCAUGAGAUACCAAGAAGACCAAACCCCAUCUUCUCUACCUUCCCCCAAGAGUCAUCAAAUCCCUUCACCAAGACCCAUAACAAGAUCCGAACCCGGAAACCCAUACCCAACAACGUUCGUUCAAGCAGACACAACCUCUUUCAAACAAGUUGUCCAAAUGUUAACCGGAUCCUCGGAAACAUCCAAACAAGCUUCUUCCAAACCAAACCACAACAUUCCACCAAUCAACUCCAUACCCAAAAAACAACAUCAAUCCGGUUUCAAACUCUACGAACGAAGAAACUCACUUCAUAAAAACCUCAACAUCAACCCUUUAUUACCCAUUUUCUCAUCCACCUCCAACAACAACAACACAUCUUUCUCACCUCGUACUAAACAAGAGAUCCUGUCACCUAGUAUCCUCGAUUUUCCUUCUCUUGUUUUAAGCCCGGUUACACCUCUUAUACCCGACCCGUUUGACCGAUCCGGAUCAACCAGAAGCUCUUGCUUGAACGCGGAAGCUGAAGAUAAAGCGAUUAAAGAGAAAGGAUUCUUUUUACAUCCUUCACCAGUUUCAACUCCGAGAGACUCUGAACCUCGUUUGCUUCCUCUUUUUCCUACCACUUCUCCUAGGGGUUCAGGGGGGAAAAUGUUAAAUUUGAAAAAGGUGAAUGGUGAUUAAUUUGAAGGGUAGUUGGGGGUGUGAAUAAUAAUUAAUGUGGAAUUGAAAUGGUGAGGCAGUUGAGUUACUUUAGGUCGACGGCAUUCAUAAUUAGUAGCAUUAAUAAAGUCUGUACUGAUCAAUGCAGUGAGUUUCUCUCUCUAAGAAUAGGGUUAGAGAGAGAGAGAGAGAGAGAGAGGACAUUUUGGUGUUGGUAAAGAAUGUUUGGGCUAGCUGUCAAAUUAAGAGUUGUAGAAAGAGGAAGGAAUCUUUACCAUUUUCUUGUAUGAGUUUGUGAUGUGUUGUAUAACUAUCCAUUGGAUUUCAUUUA